AACGUCUGGACUAACUCGGGAUACAGUGACCUGAAACAUUAGCAAAGAAGCCUCAGCAGACAUGAAAGAUCAGCCACGCACGUUCAAAGACAGAUUUCUUUAAAAACGUUUGGAUAUUCAAGGAUUGGUUUGGCAUGGGAUGAGCAACGGAGGCUAAACAUUAGCAUCUAUGAUGCUAAGGUGAAGGAAGACCGAGAGAUACAACCUUGGACUUCAUCCAUAAGUAAAAGAGGAAGAAUGUGAGUGGAAUUUUAAUAAUUUCAAUAGAAAACAGUUACUGCAGGAGAGAAGGAGAGAGAAGGAGAGAGAGAGGCAACAGAAUAGUUAGUGUUAGAGCGAGGGUGAUGAUGUCACAGCAGAGUGAUGAUGUCACAGAGUCCCCCUGUGCUCUUCAGUGGUCCUGUUCAGCAUUAAUUUGACAACAGGAAGUCUGGAUACUAAAGAGAAAUAAAGGAGUGGAGAUGAGGAGAUGCAGAGCAGGAGCAGAGGGGGAGCAGCAGUGAAAACCUCAGCUGUUCUUUCCUUUGGUUUUUUGUUUCCUUGUUUGUUUUUGUUUUUCUAUUUGUAGUUUUUCCUGCUGUUUUGUUUGAAAAAAAAAAAUACAAAAACUGUGACAAAGAAAUCUAAGAUUCCAUGUCAUUAAAAGGUGAAGUAAAUCACGUCUUCUCUAUUACAUCAGUGGUGCCCAACCUGGGGACAUGACAGGAACCAGCUGCAGUCUUCUUUAACCACUCCACCUGGACUGGUGCUGUUUCCACCAGGGGAGAGUGCAGCCCAGAAACAUCACACGGUUAUAGACUUGAAACAAAGUGAAGGAUAAACAGUGGAGAUGGCUCUUCAACUCUUUUUCUCGGCUUUCACUCUGACCUGCCUUCUCUUAUCUCCAGGCUGUCAAGCAGAGCUGGAGUGUGGAAUUGCUCCUCUGAACACCAGAAUAGUUGGAGGUGAGAAUUCAUCUCCAGGAGUAUGGCCCUGGCAAGUUUCUCUGGAGACAGACGGUGCGCACUUCUGCGGCGGGUCUCUAAUCUCUAACCUGUGGGUGUUGACCGCUGCUCAUUGUCUAUCUGGGUUUGAAAAAAACACCAUUACUGUUUAUGUGGGCCGCCUCAUAAAGACCGGUCCAAACUUCAACGAAGUCUCACGAAGCGUUUCUGAGAUUCAGUGUCAUGAGUCGUACAACCUUCUGACCAACGAACAUGACAUUUGUCUUGUGAAGCUGGAUAGUCCUGUGGAUUUUACCAAUUACAUAAGACCUAUUUGUUUACCCACAAGCAACAGCACCUUCUACACUGGGACGAGCACCUGGGUGACGGGCUGGGGAAACACUGACCCCGACGCAUACAGUCUGUCCGACGUACUGCAGGAGGUCAAUCUACCUGUGGUGGGAAACAAUGAGUGUCAGUGUCUGCAGUGGUAUCUGAUCACAGAGUUCAUGAUCUGUGCUGGAACCAGUGAGGGAGGGAAAGACGCCUGUCAGGGAGAUUCUGGAGGACCAAUGGUGGUCAAAGUGGACCCAGUCAGUUCAAGGUGGGUCCAGAAUGGAAUCGUGAGUUUUGGAGAGGCCUGUGCCAAACCCAACAUACCAGCGGUCUACACCGCUGUGUCCAGGUACGAAGACUGGAUCAAAAACAUCACCACAGGGAACACACUUGGCUUUGUAACUUUCACCUCUGGAGGCAGAGAUCCAGAUUUAGACUUUGUCUGUUCACCUGCAACAGCCACCAGCAUCAGCACCACCACCACCACACACACACCUACCACAGUGCAGAUGAGCACCCUAGAGGAUGGCAGUGUGUUUGCAGGUGGAGAGAACCUGGUUCCCAUCUCUCACUUCAUCUCACUCUCUGUUCCUCUGCUCUUCUUCUAUCUGCUGCUCUAAGAUGACAACUAGAAGCAGACCUCCUCCUGUCCCUGCACUCUCUCUCUUCACCGACAUCUCACUGAGCGUGUCCAUUUUAAUCAAUCAUUAAUAUAUUCUCUGCCGGGUUAAAUUACAGAUGAAACGCAGCUGAAAUUUUGACGACACACAUAAAACAAGUGUGAUGAAAUGUGUGUGUGUGACACUGAGAAUGAGGCUGAGAAGUGUCUGUAACUGUGGCUGAAGUCAGUCUCCUAACACAGCUGAGAAUAAAAGAAAUCACCACGAC